UAAGUCCAAAUCAAGUUAACUGAUGGAUCCACUAGUGGUAUCAGGUACCAUCUGAAAACAAAGCAUCCCACUGACUACGCUACGAUGUUAAGAGCCCAAAUUGAACUUGAGCGCCAAAGAGAAGAAGAUAUUAAAGAAAUUACAGAAGCUGCCUUCGAACUGAAUGACGCAUACAAUCAACGAUCACAAAAAGGCUUAUCUAAAUGUGUUAAUGGGGGAACUAUUGGGAAAUAUUCUUCCCAAUCAGGCAGGCAAUUGGAGACAGACAUGGUAAUCAUGUCAUACAUUGCCAGGUCAAGUAGUCCAUUCACUCUAGUAGAUGAACCAUGCUUCAAAGAAAUGGUGGAACGUUUAAAUUCAAAAGUCACAGGAUCCAUACAUGACUCUUACGCUUAA